GUUCAUCUUGAAGGACCAUGAUGCCAACCUGCUGCAGAGCCAUGCAGGUUACCCUGGCCUUGCUGCUUGCUCUGUCCAGUGGUGUUCUGUCUCAGGACAAACUCAACAUGUGUAUGGAUGCCAAACACCACAAAGUGAAACCUGGCCCUGAGGGAGAUCUUUACAAACAGUGUGAACCCUGGCGUGACAAUGCAUGCUGCACGGCAAACACCAGCACAGCAGCCCACAAUGAUAGCUCCUACCUGUACAACUUCAACUGGGACCACUGUGGCAUCAUGAGCUCCAAAUGCAAGAGACAUUUCAUCCAGGACACUUGCUUCUAUGAGUGCUCGCCACAUUUGGGACCCUGGAUACAAAAAGUGGAUCAGAGCUGGCGUAAGGAGCGAAUCUUGGAUGUGCCUCUUUGUAUGGAGGACUGCCAUGAAUGGUGGGAAGACUGCAAGGAUGAUAUCACUUGCAAGAGUGACUGGCACAAAGGAUGGGACUGGAGCUCAGGUGUUAACAGAUGCCCUGAUGGCAGCAAGUGCAGAAAGUGGACCGAAGUUUACCCCACACCCAAGGACAUGUGUGAAAAAAUCUGGUCCAACUCCUACAUUUAUACCAAGCUUUCCAAAACCUCGGGCCGCUGCAUGCAGCUCUGGUUCACUGGGCCAAACCCUAACACGAAGGUAGCCGAGCACUACCUGAACAGCGCACGGCAACAGCAAAGCUUCGCCUUGACAACUCUGCUGUUCCUGGCUCUCUCAUCUUUCUCUGUGAUGAUUUACUGAAUAUAACUCUCACCCAUCCUGUACCACCUG